AUGAGGUAUAGAUGGCUCUUAGUCCUCAUUUCUAUCUGUCAAACAGCCACUGCGCUUCCAAGCUUGGUUCUAGGGCUGCGAAAUGCGUUGGACCCUGAAGCGAACAAAUAUUUUCACGAGCCUGGGCGGGACGACAUUCUUGGUCACUAUGACCUAAGGUAUUUUAAAGGAGUGGUGACCUAUGAACAGCGGACGGAUACUUUGACCCAUAUGGUGGCUGCGUAUUUGAAGUUCUUCAGAGAAAGGGGAUUGGAUACCUGGAUUGCUCAUGGAACCCUGUUAGGCUGGUGGUGGAACGGGAGGCCAGCUGAGAUCCUGCCCUGGGAUUGGGAUGUAGAUACGCAAGUCACCGGAGCCACCCUCGCAUAUAUGGGUGAACGCCUGAAUCGGACGAUCUAUACCUAUAGGAGCCCAGAUAAGAAAACGAAACGGAAAUACCUUUUAGACGUCAAUCCAUGGUCGAAAGAGCGAGUACAUGGUGACGGGCAAAACAUAAUCGAUGCCCGGUGGAUCGACGUUCGAAACGGGCUCUAUAUCGACAUCACUGGCCUCAGUGAGUUGGACCCCGUCCAGAACCGUGGAGUGCUAUCCUGCAAGAACUUUCAUGAUUAUAAUAUCACGGAUCUCUAUCCAAUGAGAGAGAGCACCUUUGAAGGCGUUCCUGUCAAGAUCCCAUUCAAGUAUGACGAAAUUUUGAUUGAGGAGUAUGGACAUAAAGCGUUGGUUGUGACGGAGUAUGAGAACCACAACUGGGAUACCCAUUUGAAGGAAUGGGUGUCCAACAAGGAGACGAUGAAGAAGAUCGAACGUGAAUUACGGACACGGGGCCAGGCCCGGUGGAGGUUCCAGGAAUCCUGGCGGCCCAUCAGUUAA